AUGACUUCCCACCAGGUCCCAAUCGACAAGUAUCUCAUCACCUACAACAGGAAUUUGAACACCAUGACUACGUUUUCGGCAUUCGUACGCACCGCGCUCGUGCUCGUGUUCGUAGCGCAGAAGGCCGUAGCCUACCGCUGCUACUGCGUCUACCCCGAUGGAGGAGCUGCCAAUGAUGUUUCCCAUGUUUGCUGCCUCGAGACGAGUGGCAAAUGGGAAGAACCCACCUACUGCAAUGUCGGCGACAGCUUCGGUGCGUUCAGCCGCUGCUGCACCGACCCGAGCGAGGGCCGUGAGAACUACCACGACUCUUGCUACGCCUAGGUAUUCUUCUCCAUUACUUGGCGUUCUCUAUGCUGACUGGCACAUUAGGCUGCACAGAAGCUUAGAUCGUCCCCGCAGGGCAAUAGGCACCAAGGACAGAGCAUGCGUGAACAGACAAUGGAGGGUGUUUCAGUUGUGU